AUGAAUCUUAUGGAUAUAUUGUCAAAGGAUCCACCAUCCUCAUUAUAUAGUCAGGAUAUCGACCAACAAAUUGACAGCAAUAAUAAUAGUACUAGUGUUAACAGUAACUCACACGAUAUCGUCGAUAGAAUUUCCGCUGGAAAUGGUAUCGCUGAUACUCAUAAUCAAAGUCAGACAGCUACAGCAAAAAAUGAGGUGAUUUUCUUACCAACAACGUUAACUGAAUUACAAGAGUCAUUGAUUGAAUUGGUAUUACAUUUGUUUAGUUCGGAGUUACUUAAUGAAGUACGAGCCAAGAAAUUGAAAACCAGUAUUGAUAACUUACUUGAAUCAUCGAAUGUCAUCAACGAUAGUAACAAUAACAUUAACAAUAGUUCUAAAGAAGAUAAGAUAUCUUUAUGUUUUGAACAAUUAGCUAUCAUCGAAAACCAUCCAUCUUUGAUCAUUGACCAUUUCAUUCCCAAGAAAAUUUUACUACUGGAAACAAUUGAACGUCAACUCAAUAUGAGUGGAAAAGUACAACUUUUUAACCGAAUUGUUGAUACUUUGAUUAAAGAACACAAACCUGAUGGUUAUAGGAUCAUUGUUGUUUCCAAUAACGUUAAGGAAUUAGAACUUUUAGAAGGGGUCAUUCUUGGAAAGACAUUAUAUUAUACAAACUCAAGUAGUGCAAAGUUAUACGACGAUAAGAAACCUAUUCCAAAUUUGAAAGAUUCCUCGAGUUAUAAAUUAUUUAUAAACUUAAUAUCAUCACAACAGUUGUAUAACAAUUAUGUUGCCACAACUAAUAGUUCCAACGACAAUGACAAUGAUAAAGAUGAUAGCUAUGAUUUUAUUCUUUCGUUUGAUUCAAAAUUAGAUACCAGCGUUCCUAGUAUUGAAAUGCUUAGAUCUAAGAGUGAUAAGCCAUGUCCAGUUUUAAUCCCUGUUCCUGUUUUUUCGUUGCAGCAAAUCAUUUCACAAUAUUUCCCAGAACCGCCAGUUCUGAAUUUUACUGAUUUACAUGGUAACAAUGGCAGCCCAUUGUAUAAAUGGAAAGUAAAGUGUAUAAAUACAUUAGCAGUGAACUUGUUUAAUUUGAGAGAGUUGUCUGCUGACUUUUUUGUGGAAAAUUAUGGAACCAAUAUGAGUAAAUUUGUCGAAUUGUUAAAGGAUAAUCCAAAGAAAUUGUCAGAGUCUUUAGAGAAAUAUAAUGACGAAUUGGCAUUGCUGUUUUCUGAUGAAAAAUUGAUUAAAAAAUUGAAUUCAUUUUACUCGCUUGGCGGCAAUGGUGGAUUUGAUCAAAUCGAUGUUGCAGAUUACCAUAUAUUUAAAUCACGCUUAGCUGAGUCGUUACAUGCCAAAUUAUCUGAUUUAGAAAAGAAGUCGCUUGGUAUGGAAAAAGGAAUACACGAGAAACGCAAACAUGAAACUUCAAGACAAGGUCACUAUGAUGAUGAUGAGGAUUUGAUUGCUCAAAAUUAUAGAAAACUUCAGAAAUUGAAUGAAGAUGCCAAUUUUUCUGAACGUAAAUUGGGACGUAUAGAUAAUGAUUUAACUAAGAAACAAGAAAAGUGUACUGAGAUUGAUAAUCAGUUGGAAAAAUUACAAGAAAUUAAAGAUAGUGAAGUGACCGAGGAGGAGCUCAUUGCUCAGACCAAAGCAUUAAAUGACUUAAAGGAAGAACUUGAUAAAAUGCAACAAGAAUAUGAUAAAAUACACGAAGAGUCUGAAACAACUAGAGAGAAAUAUCAGACUUCUUCUAAUCAAGCUUUGCAAUUAUCGCAAAGAUUGGGUAACUUGAAGCAACAGAACGAAAAAUUAGAACAAAAAAUAUCAGGGCCUGGCUUGAGUCAAUUACCCGAAUUAAUUAACAAGGAUACAUUGAUAGGUUAUGAGACCAAAUUAAACAGGCUUAAAAUGGAAAACCGAUUUAUUCAACUGUUUUUCCAAGCUAGAAUUGAUAAGUUAUAUCAAGAAAGGCAACAAUUGGUUGAUAAUUCCGGAUCUAGUAGUAGACCAAGUAAUCGUAUAAGUCGAGCAUCCACUCCAAUGUAA